AUAAAAAUGUAAAGGUCAAAGCUGAGAAUGCAAAGUUAAGGUGUGCUUUAGAAGAAUAUGAAGCUAAAUUUAUGAGACUAAAGCAGAGAGAUAAAGAAAAGACCAAACUUAUUGUUAAAAUAAAUGAUGAUAUCAAGAAAAUCAAACAAUCAUCGACCAAU